AUAAGCGCACAUAUUUGAUGUCUUAUAUAUUUUUAUGUUCUCAGAAAAUGUUUAGUAAGAAGGGGUAAAUAUAGCAUGCAAAGAUGGGUUGGAAGAAAACGCAAUUUGUUUUUAGGAUUUUAGUGAAUACAAGCACAUUUAUAGUAAAAUUAUUUUAUGCCAACGUGCAGUAUUUGCAAUAUUUUGGAUACACGAUGCUGCUCUCAUUGACUUGCAGAGAUGCCAUUUACAACGCUGCUUGUGGUUUAUUAUCACUGAUACAGAACGAGGGUGUGUCUGCUGGCAAUGAUCACUAGACUUCAGUGGUUGCGCGUUAUUUUAAAAAAAAAUUACAAUUACAGAGACAUUUUAAAUUCUUAAAAAGAGCGUGACCAAUUCAUUUUCUCUCACCGAUGUCGUUGAUAGCCAAAUUUCGGUUGUCGUGCGUGAUGUCACUGCUGUUAUUAAAGACGGCUACACUGAAAGGGGAUAUCACAUUGCGCAUGAUGGCUGUUUUUUCUGCUUCAUCAAAUGAUCCACAGGUUGACGGACGCACAAGUGGAUGGAUGCCCAGACGUCACGCAUCGGGUGUUGAAAUAUAUUGUGCCAAUUGCCAUGGAAACUAUUCUGCUCUUCCUCUCUUCACUCCUGGUGUGUGUGGCUGCUGUGGCAGACCCCAGUGCACAGGAUGGCAAGGAGACAGUUGAAAACCCUUUUAUUUAUGACUAUGAGACCCUGAGGAUCGGGGGAUUGGCAUUGGCCGUGGUGCUGUUCACACUGGGCAUUCUUCUCAUUCUUAGUCGAAGGUGCCGCUGCAGUAUCAACCAGAAGCCCAGGCCCCCUGGAGACGAGGAGGCACAGGAUGAGAACCCGAUUGUCCCCACGGCUACACCGGCCGUCAAGGAGACUCCAGCAGAAAACUGAGGGAACUUCACCUGACUGAGCUGCCUUCUGAUGUGAUGAUCGUUUUAUUUGAUAUGAACCCACUAUAACACUGAUGAAAUGGAUGAUUGUGAUAAUUGGUUAUAUGAUAGGGUUAGAGGGAGGUAUUCGUUUAGAGGUGUGAUAUGUAAAUACAUCUUAAAGACAAACCUUUAGCCCCUGUACUCCGUUGUGACCGUGCCAGUCCCUCCGUGCUCUUGUCCGUUCUUGUGCCUUUCUGUGAAAGUCUAGUCCAGUUCUUUGUUUUAGCCAGUAGCACCUUGGACACAAGAUUGUCUUAAAAUCCCAAGAAAAUUUCUAAAUGUUGUGUGGUCUACAGUUAAUUGUGUUGUACUCCUAUUUAUUGCCUAUAGGUUUUAGGAAUUGUCAAUUUGUUGUUUAUUUGUCCUGGAUAAUGUUUUUCACUUUUGGAUUGUAAAACAAACAUAUAAACUGUAUAAGUAUAUAUAAUUAUAUACAGAUAGUGUACAGAUACGAUAUACAGUCUAAUAUCCUUAAUUUAGGUCUGCUUUUGAAAGAUUGUGUGUGUUUGCAUGCACAUAUGUGUGUGCAUACACUGAAAAUAUAUGAUUGUGUAUAUCACAGGUGCAUGUGUAUCUCUACAUGUAAAUGUGAUGAGCCUUAUAUAAGACAAUCUGAACUGCCACAGCUCUCUGACCGAACACAGGUAUCAGCACGAGCUCCUUCACCGCUAUGUUUGACUAACCAUAGUGGAGGGAGCUCCUGCAUCAGCUGUCUCACUGCCUUCUUCUCCAAAAAAUCACUUAACCGCACCGUCACUGGCUCCGCUUGGAUUAACUAGUCUCCAGCAGACUAUGAUUAGUUUCCCCUCACACAUAGUGUCGCAAAGCUAUGAAGCCUUUGUCUCUUUCUUUUCUCUUUCAUUCUUGUUUAUUAAAUUGCUUGCUCAGGCUCUCUGAUGCUUUGAGGAGCCACACAUGUACAUUUUUGAAAAAAGAGAGACAAAGUUUUGGUGCUGAGUUUGGGAGAAGUAAAAUUAAAAAUGUACAUUUUUUGUGUGCAAUAUUUCAUUGAUAGUAGCCUUAGCCAAAUCAAAUCGAAAGAACAAAUGAGCAACCCUUAAUUGUUGUGAAUCUCCUGUCAGGCUUUUAUCAAUUGUUUUGUCUGACUAUUCAAAGAUGAAGGCUGUACUUACUAAAUGCUUUGUUCAUUUUGUGUGUGAGGCCUUGUUGUGUAGCCACAUGUUGUGUUUUGGCAUAAAUAAAUAAAAGUAUGUUUGAACACACA